UUUAUUUGCAUUUAUUGAUUUAUAUAUAUACAUAUAAAACCUUCCUAAUCCACAUAAUUUCAAAAAAUACUCAUUGAUUCUUUCUCCUCAUUCCACCACUCAUCUCAUUUUCUCUCUCCUCGCCCCGUGUCCCCUUAUUUCAAGAUUCUCUCUCCUCUCUCUCUCCAUAUCAAAACCUUCUCUCCUAUCGCUCUUACCAUAUAUUCUCCCUCUUCUUCCUCCUCCUCCUCUUUCUCUCUCCUCUACAAGUCCUUCGUUGUUUCAAGGUUUUUCAUAGUAUUGAUUGUUGGCGAAGUUUUACAAAAAUGGUGGAAAUGGUGAAUCGUAAUUGCGAGCUCUGCAGUGGUGAAGCGUCGCUGUAUUGUCCUUCCGACAACGCUUUUUUAUGCUACACUUGUGAUUCUAAGGUUCACUGUGCGAAUUUCCUUGUUGCUCGUCAUGUGCGUUCGUUGAUUUGCCCUAAUUGUCGGAAAACCGACGGUAAAAGGUUUUCUGGUGCCGGAGUUCCUCCUCCUUCUACCUUAUUCUGCCGCGAUUGCUCUCCUCCGAAGACAAACUCCGGCGAGGUUGCUGACGUGGCGGAUGACGACAACGACGACGAUUCUCUCUCAUCGUCGUCUUCCUGCAUUUCGAGCACCGGAGACGCGGCGGAAGACGCCGCCGAGAUGACGUCAUCAUCGACUUCAUCGGUGAGGAAGAGAGCGAAGGUGGAUGUACGGAGGAGAGAGAGGAACAGUACGGUGGUGGUGGAUUUGAAGGUGGAGGGUAUUUUGGUAAAUUGGUGCAAAAGGAUGGGUGUUGUUGAAGAGAGAGAUUACGGUAAAGUGGUGAACAUGGCGGUUGAAUUGCUUAGUGGCUGUUUGGAUGGAAUUACGGUUUGGCCCUUUCGGGUUUCCUUAGCGGCGUCGUUUUGGGUGGCAAUUAGGGUUUGUGGGUCCCGGAGUUCGUCAUCGGCGGCGUCCACGUGUCAAGAUCUGAGAAGGUUGGAGCAGAUCUCGGGAGUGCCAGCUAAGCUGAUCUUGGCUACCGAAGCGAAAAUCGCGCGUGUUAUUAAACGCAGGCGAUCACGUAAGGAUCACGAGGAAGGUUGGGCUGAAUGCUAAUUGUAAUUUUAAUUUUCUAAAAAUAAUUACCAAAAAAAAAAAAAAAAAAAAAAAAGAAAUUAGUUGUUCCACUUGAAUAUUAUUAUGAGAACAAAAUUAAGAUUAAGAUGAAGAUGAGUAGGAUUUGGGAUUUAUUUGUAUAAGACAAUGUGGAAUGGUAGAUUAUUAGAUUGGUUGGUAGGUUUAAAAAAUGGAGUUGUGGGUUUUUUUAUUUGUUACUCCGUAUUUGAGAAUGUAUGUAUCUAAAUCUAAAACUUAAAAUGAGAUCAUGGUAGUUAUGUGAUUAUCAUUAUUUUGUUCAA